AUGGAUAUCUAUUAUCGUAGGCAGUUGACCGCAGGUGCGGAGACCUCGGCACCUAGGGUUCGGGCCUACGAUAAGAUUGAAACCUAUGCCCGUUUCUCUUUCGCCCUGUUUCCUUACGGAAUACCUUCAUACUCGGGAACGUUAGAGCAAAUCUUGGCUACAGAGCUUAUACUUCCGUUUUUCACUUGGUCUAUUCCUGUCAAAUUGCAGUCAGUGGCACUCCUUAGUCUUUUGGCCGCCGCAAGUGAGGCUACCCUCAGCUUGGUGGGCGUAGUGGUGGAUUGGGCGGCUCUGGUGGCGGACUAUUCUGGGGAGGGGCCUUUAGAGGAUCUAGCGGAGGCCUUAGAGGACUGGGCGGAUCAAGCGGAAGCCUCGGAGGACUUCUUGGUGGGUUUGUUUGGUGGAGGCGGCGGAAUCGGAGGGGCUUUGGGGGGACCUAGCACUGGUGGCAGUGGCCCGUAUACAGCGUUUAUUACUCAAAACGCCGGUAAAGGAAAAUAUGCUAAUGUUGAUGCGAGCAAAAUUGCUGCUGCAGGACAGAGCUGCGGUAGUCUCGAGGCAUACGAUGUCGCACCCGAUCCUCGCGUCUCGGCCGUUGGGAUUUUCAACUCCGGAGCAUUCAGCGACUCAGCAUCACAACAAGCGGUCGCUAAACUGCACCAGCCUGUCUUCUAUUUCCUUGGUGGUUCAUCGGAUAUCGCCUUUGAAAAUGGCGAACGUGAUUUUAAAAACCUACCCAGCAAUAUUCCAUCAUGGAAAGGCAACUUGCCUGUUGGCCAUAUGGCGACCUGGGCGGACAAGGACGGUGGCAAAUUCGGGGUUGCUGGCACUAAUUGGUUGAUGUGGUUGCUAAAGGAUGAUCAAGGAGCAGCGCGAUGUCUCACUGGCGGCGGUGCCCAACAAGAAGGGUGGGACGUAGCGGUGAAGAACUUGCAAAGUAUCUAG